CAAACGACCUCGAUUUCUAGAUCAAAGUGUACAUCAGCCCAUUGCCGACGCAUCCACACAUCAAUCCAUCCGGACACCUCAGGAAAGAGCUGAGAGCUCGACUACACGUUCUACAAGCUACGACUGGUCAGAAAAGCACACACAAUGGUUCACAAGGUCCUUUUCUGGGGCGGUUUCGGACUUGCCGUCCGUGUCUGGCAACUUGGUCUUGAGAUGCGUCCGUUCUUUAACAGAGGGUCAUUAUGGGCAUAUCCGCUGUUCGCUGGUGUUGGAGGAAGCUUCGGAUACUGGUUGAUGGGCGUUGAGGAGAGACAACAGGCGAUUCUAGGUGCGAGGAGAACGAGUCUAUUGGAGAAGAGGGCGCGGAGGGCAGAAAGGGAGGCAGCUGAGGCAGAAUCAUAAGGCAUGGGUGUGAUACUUUGAUGCGACCUUUAGAAUGCCGGUAUGGGAAAGGGAAUGAACACAAAUGUCGUAAGUUGUCAGUGUGUCC